CUGUGGUGUACUUUUCGUUGCGCAGGGAGGAGUCAGCGGUUAGUUUCUUUAUUAAAAGUGGUUGGUUUGUCGGCUUAUCGAUAAUUCUCCGACACAUUUCUCACCAUGUGUCCAUAAUGUAGCCCUUGGGUAUUGUCCAUGUACAGUUAUCGAUUCACGGCCAGAUCAUUAUCGAUCAAACAUCGAGGGAAACUAGCGGAACAAGAUCACUGAGACACAGGCCAUAACAAAGACACUGCCCUGAUUGUUUACACAUCACUUUUGACAGACUUCCAUUUACACAGUAAAUCAUUCAUCUGAAGCAUUCAUCCAUAUCCACCACCACAGGCAACCAUGUCCAUGGCCUUGAAACAAGUCUUCAACAAAGACAGGACAUUCCGGCCCAAGAGAAAAUUUGAGCCCGGGACUCAGCGCUUCGAGCUGCACAAGAAAGCCCAGGCGUCUCUGAACGCUGGGUUGGACCUGAAGCAGGCCGUAGCGCUGCCCUACGGUGAGGAUCUCAACGACUGGGUGGCCGUUCAUGUGGUCGACUUCUUCAACCGCAUCAACCUCAUCUACGGCACCAUCAGUGAUUCCUGCACCGACCAAACCUGUCCCGUCAUGUCUGGUGGGCCCAGGUACGAAUACCGCUGGCAGGACGAGCACAAAUACAAGAGGCCGACUGCACUGUCGGCCCCUAAGUACAUGAGUCUGCUUAUGGACUGGAUUGAGGUACAGAUCAACAAUGAGAACAUCUUCCCCACCAAUGUUGGUACUCCCUUCCCUAAGACCUUCAUGCAGGUGGCUAAGAAGAUUUUGUCUCGUCUGUUCCGGGUGUUUGUCCACGUCUACAUCCACCACUUUGACCGCGUCAGACAGAUGGGCGCAGAGGCUCAUGUCAACACCUGCUACAAGCAUUUCUAUUACUUUGUCACUGAGUUCAACCUGACAGACCACAAGGAGCUGGAGCCUCUGAAAGAGAUGACGUCUCAGAUGUGCCACUGAAGCAGCAGCAGUGCAGUGGACAUGUGGAGAAAGAUCUGUCCAUCUGGGAGACAUGUGCAGCAUAGAAGAACUGAGAGAACAUUCAGAAGAGUCUAUUUUUAUAUUUAAGUACUGUAUUCUAUUUUAGCCACAUACUCUAGGUUUUCACCAGGAACCUUUUCAUGUGAGGCUUUGUUCUCUUUCUUUAAAAACUAAAAAGAAUAACAAAAAACAUUUUAUCAGAACACAGUAUUACAUGGUGUAUGUUGAUGUGUUGAUGUUUUUUCUUUUCUAUUUUUCGUUAUUUUAUUCUCAAUCAUUCCAGGAUACUUACUGUCUUUCCUUCUGAUAAAUGAACUAAAAUAGUACGAUUUCUUACUGUAAAUCUGUUUUUAAAAAUCUCUAUGUUGCUCUAUUAAAAUAAUCUUAUUGGA